AUGGAUAACAGCCUGUUCAUAGGGUCAAUCCCUCCUGGUGGCGGAAGUAGCAGUUUCUCUCGAGGAUACAACGCUCCUUCCCUGGACAACGAAGAUGCCUAUUCUCCGCGGCCCUUCGACAUCCCGCCGCAGCGCCCUCACUACCGAGACCUCGAUCCCGUGCCUCACGACAUGCGCUACGACUAUGGAGGCCAGAUGUCGUAUUUCCCGGACGGCGGCGUGGGGAUCGGAACGCGCAACUACCGCAACUCUCUGAUGUCCGAGCCGGAAGGCUGGACGCGCUCCCACUCGCUCUCUCGCAACAUGAACUUCGUCGACACGUACGACAUGGAUCCUGCGCGUCCCUACGGCUACAGCGCGCUGCGUCCGCAGGUCCCAACGCACUCCUCCCAGCUCUCUCUCAACGAGAUGAGUCUGCGCCGCGACUUUGAAAGCAUGCCGGACUUCGCGUACUCGGGGAAGCUCAGUCCGCACCAUCUCCCGACGCGCGAUCCUUACGCGGACGAAUACGAAGGCGGCGGUGGAGGGUAUCUUGGCAGACCGGGAAUGGUGGAGAAUCACUCCUACAUGGGGUCGCUGGGGCUGCUGGACACGGAGAAAGACCUGCCCAUGCCGCGUGCGCGAUCGAUGAUGUAUUUGGGCACGCAGGACGAUGUGGACUACAACGACUCUGCGCUCCUGGACGAUUUCCACGCCAUUCGCCAACCCGCGCCGCAGGACGCCGCGCCGAUGCAAUCGGGGCCGGAGCCCACCUCGAGCCUUCGCAGCAGUCUGGAUGAAUCGGCGCUGGAGAACGCAGCGAGGAAGCCGGACUCGCCGGUCCUCUCCCACACGGCGGACUCGGUGCACUCGGCGGAUUCCUCCAACGUCGCCGAGCUGAAGCAGGAAAGCGAGUCGGAGAACAGUGUUCCCGCGCCCGCGGACAGCGACUCCAAGUCCUGGACGAAGGUCUCGACCCGUUCCGAAGGCCGCACGCCUCGCAUGGACCCGAAGUUCGCAGGGAAGAGCGACAGCAAGUUCGGCUCCCCCUCGGACGACCAGCGCGCGCCGCGCCGCUCCGUCUCCCCCAUUCCCGAGUGGCGUUCCCGUCCCAACCGCUCGCCCCGCGCCCAGGGCGAUCGCUCCUACGCCCCUGGCCUCGCCUCUGGCCCCGGCCCCGACGGCGCUCGCUCGCCUCGCCCCGCCAGCGCGCGGUCGCCGACCUUCUCGGGCAGCCGCUCGCCGCGUCCGCGCGACAGCCGCUCGCCGCAGCCGCCCUCCGAGCACCACGGACAGCGCGGCGCGCGCUACUGGGACGGCCGCUACUGGGAGGGCGACCGCCACGCGGGCAAGGCUCACUUCCAGGACGGCAAUGCUCACCCGUCGUACGGAGAGCACGGACAGCCCGCCAAUGCUCGAUUCGGAGGCAGUUCGCGCUCGCAAGGGCCGCGCGAUCGCUCGCCGACGUCGGAACGGUCGCGGUCGCCGUACCCCGGGCAGGCGAAGGGGAGCGGAGCGACGGAAGGCGGGUAUCGGCGCGACGACAUCCCUUCUACUUACCAGUUUGCGUGCCGCGACUUUGAGAACGGAAUUUGUCUGCGAGGCGAUGCGUGCAAGUUCUACCAUGAUCCGAAGAAAGGUAGGGAUGGAGGAAGGGGGUGA